AUGGCGACGUACUCGUUCCCGAUCCUCGGUAACUCGGAGAUCCUAUCGUGCCUGAGAGAACUGGACGUCCCGCUCACGGAGUCCGAUCUCUUGAGGCCGGCGCACGAGACGCUGCGGCCGUGUUACGAGACGCUGGUGGAGAUCUUCUUCGGGAGGACGUUGGAGGAGAUUUGCGCGCCGGACGAAAAGGCGAUGGAGACGCUGGAUUAUCCCGAGUUGUACACGGAAGCGAUUCCGAAUCUGGCGUUCAUUCGGGCGAUGCAGGACUUGGCGCGAGGGUGCGGGAUAGAUGACUUUGGAUUGAAGGAUAUCUUUAAGCCCGAGUACGGGCGGACGCGGAGGAACCUGAGCGCGUUCAUCAAUUUUGCAAAGUUUCGGGAGGAGCGGUUGAUCGAAUACGAGGAGGCGCUGGCGAAGGAGGCGGAGGAGGAGCGAAGGUAUCGAGAGGAGCUGGAACUUCACGAGAAACUGAAGGCGGAGAUCGCGGAGGCGGAGAGAGAGCUGGCUGAGUAUGACGAAGAGGCGCUCGCUCGAGAGAUCGAGGAGCUGGAGCGAGAGGUCGAGGCGGCGACUCUGGAAGCGAAUCGAGUGGAGGCGGAAGCAGUUGCGGCUCAAAAUGAACUCCAGUCCCUCGAGUCGGAGGGGGAACAGUUGAGACAGCACAUGGAGAAUCUCGAGUUGGAGAAGGCGAGCGCGGCGAGUGAGGAGGCGCACCUGAUCGAACAGGAGCGUCAAGAGGCAGAGAAGCUCGCGGAACAGGUCAAACACCUGAAGAUGAUGGAAGAAGAUUUAAGGGAGGCCAUCGAGAUUAUGAAGUCGAUCGAGCAAAAGAGAGCGCAAACCGAGGAAGAGAAGUUGAAGCUCAGGCAUGUCGAGGAGGAAAUCGCCUCCAAGGAGGAAGAGAUGUGGAAGAUGGACGCCAAAAUCGAGCAGUUACAGCGUCAGAAGGAAGCCAUGGACGAGAAGAUGACUCGUAUGCGGGAACAGGGCAAGCUUAAGAUCGAAGCCGCAGAGACGGCGCUGCGACAGGCGAAAGAGGAGCUCGCUGCCGCUGAGGCGCGAGCGACAAAUCAUAAAGCCCAGGAGGAAAUGAACAAAAAGGAAGUGGCCGAGAUCGAGGCGUCGAUGAAGAAAAUGGUGGACGAGCACAACCGCGAUAUGAAUGAGCUGAUGCGAGCAUACGAAGAAUUGCGCGACACGGUCGUCGAGUAUCACAGUGAGCUAUUUGAAGCCAUGGAGGCCAUGAGCGCGAGGGGCAUGCAGCGCGAACGGGAAAUUGCCAACGCCGCUUCUCCCGGCGGAUCUAGCAUCCUCAGCACCCCACCCUCCGCGAUGUCAUUAGACAACUACUGA